UGGGUGGCCGUGCCCUGCUCAGAGCAUCAUCCUGCACUCAUAGCCUCGGCAGAUCUCCUGUGCCACUGCAACCUUCCCAAGGACCAAACCCAGCAGGCAGCCCCACAAGAAGCAGGGACAGCCCACCAUGGAGAAAUGCACUGAUAUAAACAGCACGCUGCAGAACGGUAUUUUGCUCUUUCAGCUGAUCGUCUACAUCCCAGUCCUCUCCUUUGGGUUCCUGCUGAACACAGUCGCCUUCUGGGUCUUCUGCUGCAAACUCAAGAGCUGGACUGAGACCAGGGUGUACAUGAUCAACCUCAUGGUCACAGACUGUUUCCUGCUCUUUGCCCUGCCUUUCAUGAUAUAUUUUACCAAGAACAAACAUCCCAUAGACGACUUGUGUUUUGCUGUACAGAUGAUAUAUUUUACAAACAGGCCUAUGAGCAUCUACAUCAUCAUGCUGAUUGCAAUCGAUCGAUACAUUGCAAUCAUAUUCCCUCUAAAAGCAAAAAUUCUUCGAUCCCCACUGAAAUCAGCUUCUGUCUGUGGGUGUCUUUGGAUAAUACAGAUAAUUUAUUCCUACGCCCAGCAAAAAUUUCAAGAAAGUAAAGAAAAGUUUUGCCUUCAGAGACAUUCUACUGAACCUAAGUAUUUAACGUUAUUCUCCAUUUCCUUUGGAUAUUUUAUUCCUCUAGCGAUUAUAAUUUUUUGUUCAGUAAAAGUCAUCAAAUGUCUCAAAAAGAAGAUGGCCAGCAGCUUUCAUGACACAUUGUUAAUUCAGAAAGCACUCCACAUUGUUUCUGUGAAUUUGUGUGUGUUCACCGUAUGUUUUUCACCUAUCUACAUCACACUGCUCCUGCGGUUCAUAGCAGAGGUUGCUAAAGCUUGUUCUCUGCUCUCAAAACUUAGAGUCUCUAUUCAGAUCCUUUCAUGCUUAGCAAAUAUCAACUGCUGCUUGGAUGCAUUUUGCUAUUACUUUGCAGCCAAGGAAUUUAAGGAAUUUUCCUCUCUGCUCCCCACUUGUAUAUUGAAGAGGUCUACGGUGAAUCAAAGCGAAGAGUCACAGCAACCCACCGAGGAAGUUAUGUUAUAAAAAAAGGUUUAGUGCACCAUAAAUGUCAAGAGCCACAGUGCUGCUGAAGUUUUGAGGGAAUGGGGCUACCUACAGUAUUUCCAAUCCUGAGUAUAGGCAUACCUGCAAAAAGGGGGUCUCCUAGUCAAGAGGGAGCU